UUGUCUGAUACAGUUUCCAUAAAGAAAAGAAAAAAUGAUGCUGACGCUGCUGCACAUCCCUCCACUUCCGAUCAAUUCUCCUUCCUCUCCUCCUCCCCGCCGGCGCCGCUGCCCACCUCCCAUGGCCGCCUUCGCCUCCGCCCCCCAGCAAUCCAAGCCCCUCGUGCUCGGCUGCGGCGCCGUCUCCGUGGACUACCUCGCCACCGUCGCCUCUUUCCCCAACCCCGACGACAAGAUCCGCAGCCUCGCGCUCAAGGUCGAGGGAGGUGGCAACGCCGGCAACGCCCUCACCGGAGCCGCUCGCCUGGGCCUCAGCCCAAGGAUUAUAUCCAAGGCGUCCAAUGAUGCACUGGGAAAAAGCAUUCUCAAGGAGCUGCAAGAUGACGGAGUAGACACUUCCUAUAUGACGGUAGCAGAUGGGGGGAAUUCACCCUUCACCUAUAUAAUCGUCGAUAACCAGACGAAAACUCGCACUUGCAUACACACUCCUGGUUAUCCCCCAAUGAAGCCAGAGGAGCUCACAAAGGAAAACUUGUUUGCUGCUUUACAUGGCGUAGAAAUGGUGUAUUUUGAUGUUAGACUGCACGAGACUGCUUUGCUUGUUGCAGAAGAGGCAAGCCAAAGAAAAAUUCCUAUUUUGGUCGACGCAGAGAAAAAGAGGGAAGGAUUGGAUGACCUCCUGAAUUUUGCAUCAUAUGUUGUAUGCUCUGCAAAAUUUCCUCAGGCCUGGACAGGAGCCUCAUCGACACCAGUUGCUUUGGUACACAUGCUUCUAAGGUUACCUAAUCUCAAGUUCGUUAUUGUAACCCGGGGAGAAAAAGGUUGCUUAAUGCUUGAAAGAAGUAUGACAGAUGCUUCUGAGACUGAGGAAACUGAUGUAGAGGAUCUGCUAGAAUCUUUAGAGCAGAAAGUCGAUUUGAGUUCUAGCAUGGCAAAAUGCGUUGCUUCAAAGUCAAAUUUGAGAAUAAGUGCAGAUGGGGUUGGCUCGAUGAGUGGCAGGUUAAUUAUGGGUACAGCUGAAGAUAUACCAUCUGAAGAGCUCAUAGAUACAACUGGUGCAGGUGAUGCAUUCAUUGGAGCGGUUCUAUAUGGUUUAUGCACCGGCAUGCCAGUUGAGAAGAUGCUGCCUUUCGCAGCACAAGUGGCUGCUUGCAGCUGCAGAGCUUUGGGGGCCAGGACUGGUCUUCCUCAUCUAACUGACCCGCGCCUGUCUCUCUAGUGUGCGCGUACUGGCCCGCCGGAUCAAUUUCUAUUUCCUCGCUGUCUGUGGCCGUGGACCUUAAUAAUCCGAUUCUGGUGUAGUAGCCUUCGGAAAUCCUGUCUUGCUUUUAUUGUGAAAAUUGUGGCAAUCGAGAUUUACAGGGGAUACAAUUUUCUUCAGAAACCGUUGGUAUAUACUCAUAGUGGCUUCCAUACCUAUCUCCUGGUAUGAUGAAGUCACCGCAAGCGUCUAA